AUUGUCCACUCCCUCAUCUUUGCUAACCUCUCCAUUAUUUCCAUCUAACGAGUCAUCUUCACGAACGGCUUUGUAUCAUCCUCCUCUAAUUCCCCUCAGGCAUCACCGGCAUCGACAUCAUGACUAGCUCCUCCUCGACCCCGGACCUUGCCUCCCAGGUCGCCACCCUCUCCCUCGCCUCGCAGCCCUCCCAGCAACGUCUUCAUGAUACUUACGAUUACGAAGGCAACGCAGGCGGCAACGGUAGAAAUCCAUACCACUACUCUACAUCCCCUCCUAUCCCCGCCCAGUCCCAGUAUAACCCCCUCAGCAUGAAUCAGUCCCCCCUCAAGAACAAGCCUUCGCGUGCCGGCCUGCCUACCCAAUGGCUCGAUAACGCGGGGGGGAUUCCUGACAAUCGCUCUCUGUCGCCGCCUAACAACUCCGAUCUGUCCUCCUCCGGCGGGUCCCCUCCUUUGAGCCACAUGCACGCCCCGCCUAUGACUCCAGGCACACCGUUGGGCGACGACGAAGUCAUACCCACCGCGAUCGUCAUAAAGAACAUCCCCUUCAACGUUAAACGUGAGACUUUGCUUGACAUAAUUGCGUCGCUGUCCAUUCCGACUCCUUACGCGUUCAACUAUCACCUUGACCAGUCCGGCCAGUUCCGCGGGUUGGCCUUCGCGAACUUCCGCCAGUCCGUCGAUGCAGACGCCGUCGUUGCAGCGCUCAAUGGCUUCGAUGUCCAGGGCCGCAAGCUCCGAGUUGAGUACAAAAAGGUGCUCCAAGCCGGGGAGAAGGAACGGAUCGAAAGAGAGAAGGCUAUCCGCCGCAUGCGUUCCAUGCAGCUGGAGAAGGAACAACAACAGAUGCAGCAAGGGGGAUACGACGAUUACGGCACCGUUCUGUCGACGCCGUUCACGCCCCAGCGUUCGUUCUCGGCAUCUAACGUGUACCAGAGCUCGCAGUACUCGCCUCCGCAGAUGCCGCCCCUGCCUACGUCCCAGUCUUUCACGGUGGCCUCUCCUCCGCUGCCCUCGGUCUCUCCCGGGGCUGGGAUCAAGUCGCCCUCCACCGAGUUGGACCUCAACGACCCGUCGACGCUCGAGAUCUACUCGCGGAUCCUCCUUUUCAAGGACGACCCGAUGCGCGACGAGCUUGCGUUCUCGCGCACGUUGUCCCCCAAGCAGCGCCGUGUGGUUCACCUCGUGGCCCAGAAGCUCGGUGUCUACCAUUAUUCUGUCGGAGAAGGCGACGAGCGUUACGCAGUGGUUACUCGCUUCGAUCCCAAUGCUAACGGCGCCGGUCCUGGUUCGCGCCAGACACUCUCCCGCGCCCCGGCCUCGUACCUCUCGGCGACGGCUCCCAUGACUGCAUCGUCUCUCCGCGUCAAGAAGUCAAUGCCGGACAUGAAGAGUCUUCAAGCUCAAACCCCUCGUCUCACCACUCGGGCCUCGAACGGGAACAUUCGCGAAGGCUAUGCCACCAUCGCUUCCCCUUCGCGUCGCUCUCCGGGCUUUGCGUCCUUAUUUGGCAACGGCGGCGCUUUCGGCAACAAUGGCAUCCCUCCGGUCCCCACCCUCCCUUCCAGCGUCUCCGGCAUGAACGGUGGCGGCAUGGAUAGCCCCACCGUUAUGCGCCAGCCCCGCGGGCCUGGCGUCGGUGGCUUCGAGUCCCGGAGGGAGCGCCGCGAGAGCCAGACCAACCGCGGUGGCUUCGAGGCGCGCUCGCACGAGCCGCUGGAAAUCUAAAGGGCAGCAUCUGCGCAAGCGUAUUGUAUGCGGGGCCCGGGCGAUGUUUCACGGCGGACUCGUUACAUGCUAUAUCCCGUUCGUAAACAGACUCGCCACCCUCGUUUCGCCACCCUGCUCUUCCCCCUCUCCCGCUGUCGUGGUUUUCUGCUCUUUUUCCCUUUCCGAUCCUACGCUGCUCUUCGUGUUUGCGGUCGUGCUGCGUGUUUUCCCCAGGAACGCUCCGCGUGCAUCUCUCCUGUUCCCAUUAAUCCCGGCCGGCGGCCGCCUCUGCAGCGCAAGCGGGCGCGCGCCGGCCAACCCCCUCCCCGCCGUUUGAAAAGGCUCCCUUUGUGUCCCGGUCUCUCCUCUCGUGUGUUUCCGCCUCUUCUUGCAUGCCUCCCCCAAGUACUUACUACCAACCAUCACAAGUCCACGUACCAUAGUCCACUCCCCGCCCAUGCAUUCAUGCUCGACUGCUCCUCUU